CCCCCAAAGCAUACGAGAGGACAAAAGCUCUAACGCGCAUUAGUUCGUUGCUUUCUUCAGAGAAGAAAGGCACCCAAUAGACUUCGUUCUCCGAGAGUCCACAGUACAUAUUGGGGACAGGGAUUUUUGAGACCAAGUUGCAUUGGAAAUCAACUGAUUCGGUCAAUAUUUUCUUCCACAUCUGCUUUGAGGAAUGCUAUUCUAACACGCGACAAACGGGACAAUACUGUAUCGUUCCAGUUAUCUGGACAACCUGCAACGAUUAAAUGGAGAUCAUUUAUCUAAUUCGCAAAGUGACAUAAUGAAAUCUAAAUAUUAGGAUAAGAACAGAUUUCGCUCAAAUUUCAAAAAGUCACAACUCUGGUUCAAGCGAAUGUUCGUGGAUUCAAUUAAACGAAAACUCAUGGAUACAGUCUUACAUUUGACUAUUUUCUCGGAGUAUUAUCAGUGGUCUGUCGCACGUUGAAGCCCUAAGACGCAAGCGGCAUGCAGCAGUUUCAGCACCCAGUCGAGUCCCACGAGUCCCAGGUUGCGAGGUUAACGAUGUCGGGGGUCGCUUGUUUGGUUGAGUGUUUUGGGAAAUGAUUACAGGCAACAUCGACGGUAAAAUAAUGAUUAGAAGAUGGCUUGUGACGUUCAAACCGUUCAGGAUAUUCGUGGUGGGGAUCGGCUUCUUCAGCCUGUGUUUUCUAAUGACCUCCCUGGGGGGCCAGUUCUCAGCCAAGAGGCUUGGGGACUCCCCCUUCACCAUCCGGACAGAAGUGAUGGGGGGAGUGGAGUCUCGUGGGGUGCUCAGGAAGAUCAGUGACAUGCUGGAAGUGAUCCUGAAGAGGAUGGACAGCCUCUCCAAACUGGACAACAGCACCACCAGCGACACCCGCCGCCUGGAUGAACUCAGCUCGGCCAUCAACAGGUUCCAGCCAGCAGGCCUGGUAGAGAGGAUCCAGGCUAUAGCUCAGAACGUGUCCAACAUGGCGGUCAGAGUGGAACAGAUCCUCCAGAACAGCAUGGCUGCCGGCAGAGUGAGAGACGGCUCAUCAGGCCAGUGUGAGGUACCCAGAGAUCCCCGCUACCCAGAUUGCCCUGGCAAAGUGGAUUGGAUGCGUGCCCGCUGGACCUCAGACCCCUGCUAUGCCUUCUACGGGGUGGACGGCUCCGACUGCUCCUUCCUCAUCUACCUGAGCGAGGUGGAGUGGUUCUGCCCCCCUCUGGCCUGGAGGAACCACAGCAGCCCCCCCACCGUCCAUACACACACACGCCAGACCGCCACCACCAAGAGACAGGCUGCGUUCCGUACAGACCUGUCAUCUCUGCUGGACCUGGUUGGCACGGGGAAAGAGUCACUGAGCUUCAUGAAGCGCCGCAUGAGGAGGCUGGCGCCACAGUGGGGCACGGCCGCCCAGCGCCUCCACGCCAAGCUGCGCCAACGCUGGAGGGAACAGAAGAAGAUCCUGGUGCACGUGGGCUUCCUGACAGAGGAGUCAGGGGACGUGUUCAGCCCCAAGGUCCUGAAGGGAGGUCCGCUGGGGGAGAUGGUCCAGUGGGCCGACAUCCUCACAGCCCUCCAUGUUCUGGGACACAACCUCAAGAUCUCCAUGUCUGUUAAGGAACUGCAGGGAUUUCUCGGGGUGCCCCCAGGCAGAGGGAGCUGCCCCCUGACAGGACCUCUGCCCUUUGACCUCAUCUACACAGACUACCACGGCAUGCAGCAGAUGAAGCAGCACAUGGGGCUCUCACUCAAGAGACACAAGUGCCACAUCCGUGUGAUUGACACCUUCGGGACAGAGCCGGCCUACAACCAUGAGGACUACGCCACCCUGCAUGGCUACAGGACCAACUGGGGCUACUGGAAUCUCAACUCCAGACAGUACAUGACUAUGUUCCCCCACACUCCAGACAACUCGUUCAUGGGCUUUGUGUCUGAGGAGCUGAACGACACCGAGAAGAGUAGCAUCAUGCAGAACAAGGUCAACAACAUGGCUGUGGUUUACGGCAAGGAGGCCAGCAUGUGGAAGCUCCAGCAGGGUAAGGAGGGUUUCCUCCAGAUCCUCCACAGGUACAUGGAGGUCCACGGGACGGUGUACUACGAGACCCAGCGCCCUCCCGAGGUGCCUGCCUACGUCAAGAACCACGGCCUGCUGCCCCAGCACGAGCUGCAGACGCUGCUCCGCAAGGCCAAGCUCUUCAUUGGGUUUGGUUUCCCCUACGAAGGGCCCGCCCCUCUGGAGGCCAUAGCCAAUGGGUGCAUCUACCUGCAGCCCAAGUUCCACCCACCCCACAGCUCGCUCAAUCACGAGUUCUUCAGAGGCAAGCCAACGUCUCGAGAGGUGUCGUCCCAGCACCCGUACGCAGAGCAGUACAUCGGGCGGCCCCAUGUCAUGACAGUAGACUACAACAACUCCCAGGAGUUUGACUCUGCCAUCAGAGAGAUCAUGAGUACCAAGGUCGAGCCAUACCUACCCUAUGAGUACACCUGCGAGGGAAUGCUGGAGAGGGUACACGCCUACAUACAGCAUCAGGACUUCUGUACCCCCGAGGCCCCCUUCCCUCCGGCCAACUCCUCCUCCUCCAAGCUGGGGCUUAGUAGUCCGGCUAGCCCUGGGCCUCAAUUUGUCCUGCUGCCCAACUCCAGUGCCCUAACCUGGGCCCCCAACGCCAACGCCCCCCCUGCCUGGCCCCCCCUCAGCUCCCUGAGGCUGCUGUCGUCCCAGGAGGGCCAGUCGUGUGUGGAGGCGUGCCAGCGUGCCAACCUGGUGUGUGAGCCCGCGUUGUUCCGCUUCGUCAACAACAAGGAGGCCCUCCGCGGGUUAGAGGUGCAGUGUGAGGUGGUGGAGGCGGAGGUCAACCACGUGUUCCCGGCCUUCUCCGUCCUAAGCCGGGAGUGUGGCCUCCAGAAGGACCCCCUCCUCUACAGCUGUGCCGGCCUCAGCCCCAAGUACCGCCGCCUCUGCCCCUGCCGGGACUACCGCCGCGGCCAGGUUGCCCUCUGCCGAGACUGCUUAUGAGGAGGGGCCAGGAGUUUUUCCAAUGAACGCCUAACCCAGCUAAAUGGCGAGGAAAAACUCCAGGCGCUCUAGUUAUAGCCUAUGAAUUGUAGACUAUAAAAUGAACCGGCCCUGGUUUUGAUGCUAGGAGAAGGGGCGGCUAAAGCCGAAGGACCCUAAAGCCGAAGGACCCCCCCCCCCCCCCCCCCAACUGGAAGACUUGGUUUGAGCUAUCCUCUGAGCUUGAGUGGGUUAUUGUCCCAUAGUCACCACCUCCCCCCACCCAUCCGUCCUUGGUUUCCAAAUCGACAAAGAUGUUACUGACAUGAGCCUAUGGAUGGUUUGCCUCAAAGCUCCUCACUGGCCUAAGAGAGAUGUGCUACACUGCAACGAGUAUAACCGUUCACCAUGUGGCCACAGAAAAACGCAGUAAUAGAGAAACGGCUAUAUUGCGGUCUAGCUAAACUACCUAACUAAUACCUAGAGGAGACCCACUGACAGGAAGAACAUUGAUUUGCUGCUCCAAUAUCAAUAAUUUGACUUUAACCCUCCAAGACCAGGGAAUUAAGAGAGUAAUUGACCCAGGGGAGAAAACAUGACCUUUGAGUGGAACGCCAAGUUUGGGUCAAUAACCAAUCUCCUCUCCCCUUCUCUCUUUAGCGCUGCGCUUUGACAAUGGAUGAUGGACACUCAGACUCUCUCCCUAGACUCUCUCCUCCUUUUCAAGAUGGAAUGUUUCUUUUGUGCGACUAAGAUAACCCUGACUGCCAACGGAGUCAAUGCAAUCAGCUCCGUUGUGCUAAAAUGGACUAAAACAGAUUCAAGCUUAUUUUGGAAUAGGCUCUGCUACUGCGAGAACAGAGGAUUUUUGAGAACCUUUCGGCGGGUUUUGUGACGGGAAAAAAUAAAUAAAAACGAAAAGU